AUGGGCUGGGCGAGACGCCGCGGCCUCACCGCGCCGCUCCUCCUCCUCUUCCUCGCCGCCGCCAUCGGUGCGUGCGCGGCGACGAGCCGGAGGACCGGCCCCGGCGGCGGCAGAGCGCUGCAGCAGUACUCCUGGGACCCUGCGGCUGCGGCCAGGCGGAGGGAGCUUGUGGGGCCUGGGUCGUCGCCGCCGACGUGCCGGAGCAGGUGCGGGGGCUGCCGCCCGUGCCGGGCGGUGCACGUGGCCAUCCAGCCCGGCGUCAGCUUCCCGCUCGAGUACUACCCGGAGGCCUGGCGCUGCAAGUGCGGGGACAGGCUCUUCAUGCCCUGA